CCCACAUAUGUAAACAUGCGACAAAUCCUGGCAGCUAAUCGCGAUCAAGCUAAACGGCUCCGUGACAUGUGUUAAAUCUCACGGUGACAUUUUCUUCUGAAUAGUUUAAUAUUACGCUCCAGUGUUGGAGUGUGAGCAGGUUAAACCGUAGUUUGUGAGUUAUUACCGAGCCUUGGAGGCUAACUCUAUCGUGCUAACGUUAGCCAGCAGCAGAGAGCCAUGCCUGCUCCUCAGACCUUAUUCGUCGCCUCUCUUCCAGCCUCGGCUUCGAACGAGCGUCUUGAAGAAAUCUUCUCAGAGGUCGGUCCGGUGAAGCAGUGCUUCGUGGUCAGAGAGAAAGGUACAGAAACAUGUCGGGGCUUUGGCUAUGUCACAUACGCUUUGGAGGAGGAUUCCCAGCAAGCCAUGAAAACGAUAAAAGACUACGACGGACAGAGGAUCUCUCUUUCUGUGGCCAAGCAGAAAAUAAAGGAUAAAAAGAAACCAGCUAAACCACCAGCUACAGAACCAGGUUGUGCAUUUGCUCAGUUUAAGAAUAAAGAGUGUGCAGACAGGUGCAUAGCUGCAUCAGAAGAUCAGGCUGAGAAUGGCGGUGUGCGUGUGGACGGCAGAAAGCUGUUGAUUGUGGCAGCAGUGACCAGAGAGGAUGCUUCCAAACUGAAGGUCGAUAAAGUGAAAGUAGAAACAGGCACCAGGAACCUGUACCUGGCCAGAGAGGGAUUGAUCAGAGCUGGAACCAAGGCUGCAGAGGGUGUGCCUGAAGCGGACAUGAUCAAAAGAACCAGAUUUGAAGAAAUAAAGAGAACCAAGCUUCGGGACAUCGGUGUGUUUGUAUCGAAGAAUCGUCUGUGUAUCCAUAACCUGCCCAAGUCGGUCGACGAUAAAAAACUCAGAGAGCUCUGCCUUGAAGCCAUAAAGGGUGGGAAGGGAGUGCGCAUCCCAGAGUGUCGGGUGAUGUAUGAUAGGAAGCCCGAGAAGGGUAAGGCGAUGGGACAGUCAUUAGGUUACGGCUUCGUCCAGUUCCAGGAACAUGAAUAUGCUCUCAAAACACUCCGGUACCUCAACAACAACCCUGAUAUCUUUGGGUCUCACAAGAGACCUGUUGUUGAGUUCUCCCUGGAGGAUUCAAGGAAACUUAAAAUGAAGGAAAUGCGACAACAAAAGAACAAGCAGUCUACCCAAAAUCGACCCAAUCAAGGAGGAGCUAAACCUCAGAUAGCCGCUGGUGGGCAAGGCCCGAGGACAGGAGGAAGUAAACCACAGUCGUCAUCAGAGCUGGGAGGAAAGGAGAGCGCUCCACCUCGAAACCAGAAGAAAGACAAACUCUUCUCCGGUUUCCAGACCAAACCUGAGGUGGAACACGUUUCUCUGGAGAAUGGAAAGAAACGAAAGAUGGUCCUGCAUUUACCUUCUCAUCGGGGACCUAAGAUCAGACUGCGUGAUAAAGGAAAGAAGCAAGGCCCACCACCCAAGAAAGUGAAACCUAAUUCCACCAGAAAAGAGCCUCAAAGAAAAGAGCCUCAAAGACAAAUGGAGAAGCCCAUGCAGUCCAGAAGCCAGAUUAAAGCAGGUAAGAAGUCUAUCAAGAGGGACGGGGACCGCUUCGACAGCCUGGUGGAGCAGUACAAGAAGAAGCUGAUCGGCAACAGUGACAAGAACAGCAACAACAAAAGAAACAAGUGGUUUAAUAGUUAAUUAUGUGUAUGUGUGUGUGAGUGAGAGAGAAAUUUCCUUGACUCUUAAAAGAUGCCUUUUUGAAUCUACAUUUAACAUCUACCAUUUAAAGUAAAUGCAAUGGUUCUUCAUACAUUCGUUUUGUGUCGGCUCGACCGGUUUCUCAUGUGUUAAACUGAACCGUCACCUAACUUCAGUCACCCUGCUCCUGCACGUCUGUAGUACAAGUUCAUGUUGUUGCAUUUUUCCACUGAAACAAACAGAAUUAUACAAAGAUGGCGUUUCUCUUUGUCUACAAGUGUUUUUUAAGAAAAUGUACAAAACCACCCGGAUGUGUGUUUUAUUGCUUUUUUUGCAUUAAAUCCAGAUUUGUUGCAUGA